AUUUGUUUUUCUUUUUAUUAAAUUAUUGUUAGUAUGGAAGAAAAGUUUCCAGUUAACUCUGGAAACGUCCCUCCACCUUCUCAGUCUACCAAUCUACUUUCUCAUCAGCUAAACUAUGCUCCAAAUAUGAAUAACGGACUAAGAAGGAAGACAAAAGAGACCUUGAAAACUGCUCCUAAACUAAAAUUAGAGCGUAUUCUGGGUCUUACAUCGACUUGUUCUAACAUCCUAGAUACAGCAAAUGAUUUGAUAGCCUAUGCAGCAGGCGCUGUAGUUGUUAUUUACAACCAUAAACGUAACAAACAGAUUGCUUUAUUAUACCCACCAGCUGUCACACAGUCCAGUAAUACCAAUGGCAAUACCAAUCUAAACAAUAUGUCAAAUAUGAAUGGUCAACCUUCUUCAGCACCCAUGAUGAUAACCCCUCUUGGAGGUACUACCAACAAUUUACUAAACAAUGAUCUCGUCUCGUCCACUCAAAAUAAUCCGAAUGAUGAAAAGAAAGCAACAUCUGCAGGCAACCGUGCAAAACCUAUUAGCUGUCUGGCAUUUUCACCUGAUGGGAAUUACUUGGCUGCUGGAGAAAUGGGACAUCAACCUCGAAUUUUGAUUUGGGAUGUCAAGGAAAAAAAAUUGCUUCGAGAAUUCAGAUCUCACAAAUUUGGUGUACUUGCACUAUCGUUUUCACCUAAUAUGAGAUACUUGGUCUCUGUUGGAUUUCAACAUGAUGGCUAUCUUUAUGUUUGGGAUUGGAAAAAAGGCACUAAAUUGGCUGGAAAUAAAGUGACCAGCCGAGUAAAUGCUGUAUCAUUUGCAAAAGAUGGCUCUUAUUUCGUUACAGCAGGUCUGAGACAUGUCAAAUUUUGGUACCUGGAUGCUCGCGGUCGAAUACCGAAAAAAGGCAAUUUGGCUUCAAGAGAAACUCAAGUAUUAGAUGGUAGAUCAGGCAUACUAGGCGUAUUACGUGAUGCCAACUUUGUUGAUGUGGCCUGCGAUCGGAAUAGCAACAUUAAUCACACCUAUUUUAUCACUGACACUGGUAUAUUGUGCAUAUUCAAAGAAGGGAGAGUGAUUGAAAAAUGGGUGGAUCUUCAAGUUAAAAAUGCUUAUUCUAUUGCCGUCUCUUCUAAUUAUGUGAUCUGUACUUGUUCAGAAGGCGUUAUUCGCUUGUUCGAGCCAGGAACAUUAAAGUAUAUGGGUAUUCUGCCCAAACCCCAUCCUUUAGGCACUGAUAUCACUUUGAUCACUUCACCUGACAUGAUUCGUUCAGCUGAUUCGACAUUUUAUCCGGAUGCAGUAGCUAUGGUCUAUGAUGAAAAUGCUUAUCGAGUUACAUGUGUUUAUUCAGAUCGCAGUUUUUAUGUUUGGGAUAUUCGUGAUUUAAAGAAGAUUGGCAAGUAUAGAAGUUUUAUUUUCCACAGUGACUGUGUAUGGGGUAUAGAACCCUGCCCUAAUGUUGAAAAGGAGGACAAUGCUAUUCCUCCCAAUUCAUUCGCAACUUUUUCAGGAGAUGGAACCAUUCGUAUCUGGAAUCUCGAUAACCCUAUUCAUACCACCCUAUCCACUUCAACAUCUCCCUUAUCUCCUCCUCCCCAACCACAGCAACCACAGCAGCAAUUCGGUAAUGCUAUCAUGUCGCCUAGUAGUAGUACAGCAGUUGGUUUAAAUCGCCGUAAUAUUUAUUCCCGAGAACUUGUCAAAAUGCUCUAUGUUGAUCCUGAUGCUGCCGAAUUUGCAAAAUUAAGGAGCGACUUUGAAUUUAAUGAAGAUCAGUGCCCUGACUUUGGCAUACGAUCCUUAAAGAUGAGUCCAGAUAGCCAAAUGAUGGCAAGUGGUGACCGUAAUGGGAAUUUGCGAGUACAUGAUAUGAACACUUGGGAAAUGUUGACAUACCAAGAAGCCCAUGAUUCAGAAAUCUUGUCUAUUGACUUGGCAACAUCAGCAGAUAAAGAGGCACCGAGUUUGAUAGCCACUGCAAGUCGAGAUCGACUCCUUCAUAUAUUCGAUGUUAAAUCCAAAUUUCAGCUUGUUCAAAGUCUUGACGAUCAUUCAUCUUCCAUUACAUCUGUGAAGUUCUCUAAAGAUGCUAGUCGACUUAUCAGCUGUGGUGCUGAUAAAGGCAUUAUCUUUCGAAACAGAACACACCCCGUCACACCUUUUCAUGAUUCUACACCUCGUCCAUUCUCUACUUAUCACAAUUACUCUGGAAGAAGCACAGUGUUUGAUAUGGCUUUGGAUGUCAGUGGUAGAUAUAUUGCUACUGUUACAGGAGAACGUAAACUUUAUGUGCUUAGUGUUGAAUCUGGUAAACCAUUCAGGAUCUGUAAGCCAGAAACAUCGGACGAGAUUGGAAAAUCAUCUGAAAACUCAGGCGGAAGCUUGAUUAACAUUGAUCUCGACCCAUUUUCUGGUACUUAUGCAGUGACAAGUGGGUCAGAUCGCUGCAUACGUCUGUUUGAUUUGACCAACAGUUCUUGUAUUGAAAAAGUGUGUGCUCAUUCAGAACUUAUUACCUCCGUUAAGUUCAUUCGAACUAAUGUAGAAGAGAAUGGACUUCGAGUCAUCAGCACUUGUUCUGACGGUACUGUUUUUGUAUGGAAAGUAGGACAAGAAAUAGUCGCCAAAAUGACAGCCCGAGCAAGUGAUCGUGAUCUAAAGAUGAGACAGCGCGCAGUGGAAGAAGACAACCUUGGCGACUUAGACGAAAGAAAAGCAUUUGCGUUAGGGUUACAGCAAAACAACAAACGACUUCGACGUGUAUCCACAGUGACAUCUAUAAGACCCACAGCCAGCAUCUCUCAGAUGAUUCGACAAGGAGAACGAAAAACCUUUUCGACCAUGUCGCCUGCAGAACAAAAAUACGACGAUCUAUACAAGAAGAUUGCAGCUUCUUCUAAUCGUCGAAAUAAUGGUGACAACAAUCAGUUGCAAGUACAAACACAAUCCAACGAUAACUCUACAUCGCCAGGUCCUUCUUCGCCCAAUAAUAAUAAUAACCGAACAAGCAGACCAUCGCUUGUAAGAAAAGAACCUAGAAUCAUUAAUGGUCCUGCACAAGAUACGCCCAACAAUGGAAGAAAGUCACCAUACGAACGCAUUGCAAAACUAGAUAGACUUUAUAAUGGACUUCCUACAAAUGGUGGUAGGGAGAGAACAAUGAGUCAAGCUAUGCCACCGGUUGGCAUGGCUUCGGCUCGUAAUCCAUUACAACAACAGCAAGCAUUAGCUUUAACAGGGAAUAGCAAUACAUUGCUGAACAGUGGAAGAGUGAAUCCCGUAUUGCGUCGUGCUAUGUCAAGAGACGCUUUACGAAAAGAACACGAGUUAAAAAAAUCGCCUACUUCACUCACCUCAGCUGCUAAGCAAUUACAAAGAGAUCCUUCUACAUUAAACCGAAAGAAUAGUCAACCAACAUUCAUGAAUAACAGAAGAGUAAGCGAUCCUCAAGUAGAGGCAGGCAUGCAUGAUAAUGAUUCACAUACAUCAGUGUCCAAAAGUCCAAAGGCAUUUGUAGUUGAAGGUGAAAAUGAUGUAGUCAUGCUUUCAGAAAAUUCUAACUUCUCAAUAGAAGAAGGUUCAGAUAAUGAUGCAGAUAUAGAAACUGUUCGAGAUGAAGAAGACGAGGAAGAGGAAGAUGAGGACGAAGACGAGGAAGAAGAGGAAGAGAUUAUAUUCACUCCGGAACAAGACAAAAUAAUCAAACCAUUUGAAGUUUCGAUGCAUUUAGCACCUUCUACAUGUGACGAUGAAGAAGAAGAUGGAAGAAUUACGCCUGUAUCAGAUAAUGACGCUAAUAUCAUCAAAGCAGAUGAAGAAGAGGAUGGCUCAAGUGAAGAAAACGUAGACGAUGCUAUUAAUCGAGACAUUGUCGCCAGAGAGCCUCCCCGUGUUUCAAUUUCUAUCAGCAGGACAACAAGCUCUGUGGCCAAUAGUAAUCGCCGUCGAAGUGGUCUUGUUGACAAUAACAGACAUUCGAUGGACAUGAUGAUUACACCUUCUUCUCCUCCCGAUAUUCAAGACGAGUCUAUACCUGAAUUACCCAUGUCUCCCAACAAUCCUGCAUUUAAAGAGAUUCAAAAGAAGCUAGAAAAAGCAACUAAAAGACAGAGUCUUACAGCUCGAUUCCUUUCUUCUCUUGGAAACACAAAAUCUGUUAUAGACGGAAAUGAAUUACAAAAACCUCUGUUGGAUCAAAUCAUUACUUCCUUUCAAGAGUCGCAACCAAAACAACAGAAGACAUCAAAAGCACAUGUACCCGACGAAAAACUUGUCAUUGAUACCACUCCAGUUGGUGCUGUAGAAAAGAAUGUUGUACCAUUGAAGAGCAACAUGUUUAAAGAAAUACCUAAAGAGAAGGAAGCGCCUCUAACAGACAAGAAAGAAUUAGAAGAAAAAGAAUUGACAACAGAGAAGGAAGAGUCUCUACCAAACAAGAAAGAAUUAGAAGAAAAAGAAUUGGCAAAAAGAAUCUCUCAAUAGAACUAACACCAACAGAAGAAGACAAUUCGAAGCUAGAGAAUGCAUUAGCUGAUUUAGAUGGUGUUGCGAUUCUAUUGGACAGCGUUUUAGAUGUAUAUGCAUCCAUGAAGUCUUCCCGAAAUAAAGAAGCACUGUCGACUAUUGAAAACAAGUUGACGGGGGUUGCAGAUAAAAUAGCCCAAAUAGUACAACCCACCCCUUCCUCUUCACCUAGAACACUCCAUAUGCUCGAAAAGUAUUCUUCUCUGUUGGUCAACAUGGUGGAAAGCAAAUUGAAUAAAACCGAUUGAACAAUACACUCUAUUAAUAUGUAAUAAACUAAUUCUGUAAAAUAAAAAAAAUCACAUUUUUUGAUCAAG